AUGGCACGUACAUCGGAGCAAUACGUGAACAGCCCAGUGCAUAGGAUCACCACAAAUAACCAAAGAGUAUCAACCUCAUUACAUCGUCAGGUCAAAUCCGAUGGUGUACUAUACACGGCGCUCCGAGAGAAACCACUUGUCCUUUCGGUGGUGACCCAGAGACAGGUUCCUGGCGAGCCCGAUCACUGGUCACUCUUUGUCGCGUCUGAGGACGAGGCGGGAGAAGUGUUCCAAGUCAAGGGCGACGCCCAACAAAUGGCCUACUGCCCGUCUGAUCGGCCCGUCCAGAUUUGA